AUGAUUGGAGACCUAAAAGAAGUUUACCUUGAUAAUAUGUAUCAUACAGAGAAGUCCUUCCGUUCUAUUGAUGUCUCAGAAGUUAUCGAUUUCGUUCAACAUUACAUUGCACUUUUACUCAGUCCACGCUUUCAAAAGCCUCAAAUGAUUGAUUCAAUUGGAAAAAACUUUGACCAUGUUAAAGAAAUGAAGCAGCUAUUCAAAGCUUUAAGUAAGUACAUCUCAUGGUUUAAUUUUGAACUUGUCAUCAAGUUAGUCAAUACUUUCAUUACUGAUGAGAGAGAUUUACAGAGGAAGUGGUCUACAUAUCGUGACAAAUUAAAAGACUAUUUUAAAAAUAACAAUAUUCCAGCAGUUCAAAUUGCAGACUCAAUUGAGUUUGGUCUUUCUGAUGUUCCAGGCACCAAAGUAAUGAUUGCUAAGGUUGCCAGAGACGACUACACAUCAAAUGAUUUAUAUUUCUUUCACAAGCUAAUUGCUGAUGCACUUGAAGUUCCAAAAUAUAAAUUCUAUUUUUGUACAAUUCAAAAUGGCUGCAUGGAAUUGAAAUAUUCUAUUCCUGAUUUUCUUUACUCUGCUCUUUUUCCAUUAACCAAUCAACAGUGUAAUUCAUUAGCUGAGAUUGGAAUCAUAAAAAUUACUUGUUAUGAAUAUGUACAUGAAAUGAAGCAGUUGCCAGAAAAUGAAUUAAAGAAGCUUCAUGAUUCUCCUAUUGGAUUAAAAGAUGAAGUACAACGAUUGAUUGACAAGACUGGCCUUCAGGAAAAAGGUAAAAAUGGAUGGAGUCCACCAUUAGCUGCUUCAUAUGGUGGCCACAUUGAUGUCCUCUGUCUCCUCAUUGAUGUUUAUCAUUGCGAUCCUUCACAAGGUGAUGAUGAUGGUGUUAAUAGUUUACACAUGGCCUCAUAUAAAGGUCAUCUCAAUAUUGCGCAGUAUCUAGUUAACGAAUGUCACAUUAAUCCAGACAUAGCAGAUAGCUCUGGUAACACGGGAUUGCUUUACUCAGCACUGGGUGGUCACGUUGACCUUGUGAUUAUGUUUUUUAAGAAGAAGUGUAACGUAUCUCAUGUCAAUAGAGAAGGAUCCACUUUAUCAUUAUUAGCAUGUAAGAGUGGACAGGUAGCAUUAGUCGAUCAGCUUAAGCAGUUUGAUAUUUUCUCAGAAGACAACAUAGACUUUAACGGAUGUGGAGUAGUACAUUAUUGUGCUAUGACUGACAGUGUGGACCUUCUGGUGUAUCUUUAUAAUACUUAUAAAAGUGAAUUAUUUCAAAAAAGAAAUCGUUUUGGUGCAACACCACUUCAUAUAGCAUGCCAGUAUGCUUCAUCAGGUUUCAUUAUGAAAAUGGUUAAUAUUUUUGGAUAUAAAGUAUUACUAGAAGAUGAUUAUAGUGGUUGCUCUUCUCUUCAUUACUUAUGCAGUGGAUUGGUUGAUAAAUACUGCAUUACAGAAGUGUAUAAUAAGCUCACUGCACCAUGUGAUAUACCUUUUUUUAUGCAAAUUCCUACAUUUUACACAAUAAACAGUAACAUUUUUCAGAAGUAUAUAUCACUAAAUAUAAAUGUUACUAAACAGCAUAAAAAGUAUAACUUAAAUGUCAGUCAACAAGACUACAAAGGUGUAGUACCAUUAGCAUUAGCUUGUAUGUCAGGUAGUAUUAAUGCAGUGGAAUUUAUUAUCAAUGCUACUGACAUUGAUAUCAAUAUAACCUGUAAUGAUGGUAGAACACCUCUUCAUUAUUCAUGUCGUCAUGGUAACGUUGAUCUUAGUCAAUAUCUCAUUGAAGUACAAGACAGUGACAUUAACAUAACACAUAAUGAGAAAUUGAAUACAUUAGGUCAUAGUGCUAGGGGUGGUAACAUAAAGCUAGUCCAAUACCUCAUUAAUAAUUAUCAAUUGCCUCUCUCAUCAAAUGUAUUAAUUCAAGCAGUAUUUAGUAAUAAACUGCCAUUAAUUAAAUUAUUAAUUAAUGAACACAAACUAAAUCCUCAUGUUAAAGGUGGUGACAACAUGCAAGCAGUUCAUUUUGCAGCUCAAAGUGGUAGUAUUAAUGUUCUAGAAUAUUUAGUAAAAGAUUGUGGAUGUGAUUUGGAUAGUGUAGGUGGACAAUACAAAAUGAAUGUGCUUCAAUAUUCUACAUUAAAUGGUCUGUUUUCAUUAAUUAAGUAUAUUAUUAAUAAUUAUCCACAAUAUACCAGUUUAUUACAUUCUACUGAUGAUAAAGGUGCGCUACCAAUUCAUUUAGCUUGUGCUAGUGGUGUCAUACAACUAGUGACAUUUCUAAUUGAUGAAAUGAAAUGUGAUAUCACUACUGAAGAUAAAGAUGGCUACACUUGUGUUACAAGAGCAUGCGAAUCUGGAAAUCUUGAUCUUUUAAAACUAUUAAUAAACAAAUACAACCUUAAUCCAAGAAUUCUUGGCGGAAAAUUAUCACCAACAGUUGCAGUGUUUGAUGGAUAUGUGUAUAUACUAGAAUGGCUCAGACAAGAGUAUCAUAUCAAUGUAGUCUCAUUUAAGAAAAGUUCAUUACCUUUUGAUGCUGCACAACGUAACCAUUUGUAUUGUUUAAAGCAUUUAUUAAGCAAUUAUUUAUUUGAUAUUAAUGCCAUUCAUCCUUUUGAUGAUUCUCAACCUACACUCCUUCACAUAGCAUGUCAAAAAGGACAUGUUGCUAUAGUUCUUUACCUCACUAGUCUUCCUCAGUGUGACGUAUCAGCUAAAACUUCAAAUGGAUCAACAGUUCUUCAUUUAUCAUGUAAAAGUCAUUCUCUUCCUAUACUCAAACAUCUAGCGGAGGAGCAUCAGUUGGAUCUCACUAUUAAAGAUUACAAUGGUAUGGCUCCAGUUCAUGUAGCCUGUGAAGAAGGAUCAUUGAGUAUAGUCAAGUACAUUAUAGACCAUUCACCAUUAUCUCUUGACUUGACUGACUCUUUUGGACGUACUCCACUACUUAUUGCAGCUUUCUCUAAGAACCUUCCCAUCAUUCGUUACCUCAACAGUAAAAACUGCAACAUUUCUAUACUGGACGAUAAAGGGUUUAACGUAAUACACAUAUCGGCAAAGAGAGGGUCUUUGGAUGUAUUGAGGUUUUUCAUUGAUGGUCGUUACUGUAAUCCUGAUAUCACUGAUGCUUCUGGUUGUACUCCACUUUAUCUGUCAGCUCAAGAGGGUCACUUGGAAUUAGUAAAAUAUCUAUUGGAUAGUCCAAGCUACAAUAAACCACGUGUAGAAUUAAUAGACAUGGCAGAUAGCAAUGGUAACACAGCACUUCAUGCAGCAUGCAGCCAGGGUCAUCCUGAUAUAGUGUCUACUAUAGCAGGAGCUUACAUGUCUCUUAAUAUUGAUAUUUAUUCAAUUAAUGAGAAGAGACAGACUCCAUUACACUUAGCAGCAGCUAAUGGUCACGUUAAUACAGUCGUGUCUCUGUUAUCAGUGACUACUGGUACUAGAAAUCAUGAGAAGCUCCUUGGAGCAGUGGAUGGUGAUGGUUGUUCUUGUCUUCAUUUAGCUUGUCGAAAUGACAAAGACAGUAAUGGAUUCACUGGUGUUCAUGCUGCCUGUCAAGCUGGUAACAUGCGACUGGUAUUACAUUACUUAAAUGAACUGAAGUGCAAUCGUUAUUUAGAAACAUAUGACUCUAAAGGUCUGUUGUAUUUUGCUUGUUUGAGCGGUCACUUGGAAAUGGUUCGUAUUUUAAUGGAAAAGUAUCAGUUGAAACCAGUUGAAGGAGACAUUGAUGCAGCCCAGUCAAUCAAAGGAGGAGAGUCUAUAGUAAAAUUGAUGCUGAGAUGGUUCUACUUCAUAAAAUUAGUACGAGAAAUGAUUAAAGAGGCAGAGAGAAGACAAGUAAUACCUAUAGCUACUAAACCUCGUCCUUCAUUUUUAUCUUCUUAA